UGGAGACUCAAUCACAUUGUUUUGAUGAUUAGUAAUACUAAUUUAGUAUCACUAUUAGUAUUAUUACUAGUGAUUAGUAUUAAGAUUGUAGACAUCGUUUGGACACAUCGUUGUUGUGAUUGCCUGUCAGACCGCUAGUGACUGUCAUUGACUGCGAUGGCCGUUGAGUCCAUUCCCCGAGACUUAAGACAUCUGAGAGCAUGUCUUCUCUGUUCACUCAUUAAAUCGUUCGAUCAGUUCGAGUUCGACGGGUGUGACAAUUGUGACGAUUAUCUGGGAAUGAAGAACAACCGGGAGAUGGUCUACGACUGCACGAGCAGUAACUUCGAUGGAAUGAUUGCUUUGACGAGUCCUGAGGAGAGUUGGGUCGCAAAAUGGCAGAAAAUAAAUCGGAAGUGUAAAGGGAUUUAUGCGAUAAGUGUUUCGGGAAGACUUCCCGCAGGAAUUAUACGCGAACUUAAGAGUCGAGGAGUUAUUUAUCGAUCCAGAGACAGAUCAACCAAUUAAUUAAUACAUUCAUUCAUUGAUUAUAUCAUUAUAUUGUAUACAUUAUUGUCAUAAUUUAUGGUUUACUUGAUGUUUAAAUUGAAUUUGUUUUUGCGUCAAAUAAAAGUCUAGACAUUGAAACGAA